CGACAUCUUGGUGCAGUUCAAUUAUUGCAGCGUGCCAUGCACCUGCAAAUCCAAUUCUUGCAACACAUUUUCUAUUGGCCGUGAUGGGGGUGUCUUAGACACACUGUUUCCUUUUUGUAUCCCAGCUACUAACAAGCUGUAUGAUUCACAUUUCAACUGCCCUCGAACCUUGGUUGCUGAAACGGGGACAGCGACUGUAACAAUUCUGUUGCACCGUCUAUUUUAUUAAUUUCUUAAUUUUAUUACGGUGUCAGAAGAAUCGAAAAUUACAACCGUCCAGUUUGUAUCCGUAGCAAGAAGAAAACGGUUACAGUUUGGACGGUGCUCGGGAAAGCUCAGAGGUUAUGCACGGGACAAGAAAAACAGUUCUGGCGCGACUGGUCGUGUUUCUGUUGAUUGUAACGGCAGCCAUGAAGUGGUUUUCAAACUCGAGGGUUAAAGAACAUGUUUCUGAGCCUGACAUGUUCUGGGGGAAAAGAGAGGGGGGUGUCAUGUCACCAGAGGAAGAAAGGAAACUUCAGGAAGAGGCUUCAAAACAUGCAGAAGGAGAACUUGAGGAGCCCCAGGAACCAGGGAAACAAGAACAGAGACCGGACCAGGAAAAGUCAAAGCUGCAUCCGGUCAAGGAUUUUAGCUCCACUCGGAUGAGGAUCAUUCACCUUGAUCUUAAAGGGGCUGCUCCCAAAGUCUCUUAUUUAGAACAGAUAUUUCCGCUCCUGUUCAAAUUGGGUGCCAGUGGGGUUUUAAUUGAGUAUGAAGACAUGUUUCCCUAUACAGGAGAUCUUGAAAUCCUCAAGUCAGAGAACGCUUACAGUAUGGAAGACAUUGAAAAGAUCCAGCACCUUGCAGAACUAAAUCAACUGGAAGUCAUCCCUUUGCUGCAGGUCUUUGGACAUUUGGAGUUUGCUCUGAAGCAUGAGAAAUAUCACGCGCUGCGCGAGGUGACCAAGUUCCCCAACAGCCUGAACCCCCACAUGCCGGACUCCCUGUCACUGGUGAAGGGCCUCAUCUCGCAGGUGCUAGACAGACACCCCAAGGCCAGCUGGAUCCAUGUUGGAGCAGACGAGGUAUUUCAUCUCGGGGAAGGACAGGAGUCCAAAAACUGGCUGAACAACAACAACGGGGACAAGGGCAGUAUGUUCCUAAAUCACAUGAAGGAGGUUGGGGUCUUCAUCGUGGGCAAGUACCCCAGGGUCAGCCUGCUCAUGUGGGAUGAUAUGAUGAGGCAGAUCAGCGUAGAGAAACUAGAAGAGUCUGGUAUUACCCUCUUUGCCUCCCCUAUGAUAUGGGACUACAGCUCCAAGUUAAAUCUAGAAGUGAUUGAGAAGUACAUAUCAAACUACGCAAAUGCAGGGUUCAAAACGGUGUGGUUCGCUAGUUCUUUUAAAGGAGCGUCAGGCUCUGCUCAGAUCUGGACUCCGAUUGAGCAACACAUGAACAACCAAUUAUCUUGGCUGAAGGUCAUCGAUGCAAUAGAGAAACACCCCUCCAUUCACUUUCAAGGCAUUGCACUGACCGGCUGGCAGAGAUACGAUCACUUUUCAGCUUUGUGUGAACUCUUUCCUGUCGCCAUCCCUGCGAUGGCUGUCUGCUUGCAGACUCUGGUUCAUGGUGGUUUUAAUAAUGAAGCAAGAAAGGAGACUCUGAAUAUCCUAGGAUGUAACAGUAUCAACCUUGACAAGAGCCUUUGUGAAGGAGGUGGUGCUUUUGCUGGCUAUGAAAUCUAUCAGAUGGUUUACCACAUCAAAGAAAACCUGAAGAAUGAAAUUGAUAACAUACUUCAAGAUGGGCACAUCAGAGGGACGUUUUCUCGCUACCAUCGAAAGUAUCGUUUUGCGAAUCCGAGAAACAUUGAGAUGUUUGGAGACCGAAUGUUCAGGCUUCACGACAACUGGGAGAAACUCAUCCAGGACUUGUACAUUCAUAUGGGGAACAUCUAUUUCCCAGACACAGUGGAGGAAUGGAUGGAAGAAAAUGUCUAUUUUUAUAUGGACCAGCUUAGGGAGCUGGUCAAAGACUACAAGCAGAUCAUUCAGCUGAAUGGCAGACCGAAAACUUUGUAAAGAUGGGAGGGUUAUCGUAAUUGAGGCAGUGCUUAAAAUGGACCAGUACCACUUUCUUAUUCCAGACAUUUGUGCAGGUUAAGAGAAAUAAUACGCAUUUAAUGGCAUGUACAUGGUUACAAGGUACUUCUGGUUUGUAUCAUUUUUCAAACAUUUUGGACUAUUUCAGUUGCUUUUUCAUUCACCAAGAAACAAGGAAGCUCUCUUUGAUAUAAACAAUACACAGCAUUCUCGUUACUUUUCUCAAUCCAUGUUUCUCUAGCUUCAAUUCCCAGUUAUAUUAGUCUCAUGAGACCAGUAUGUUGAACUUAUAUUGAUAUGAAAAUUAUUGUAUAUGCAAUGAAGCCUACCUUUUAAUACUGCUACAGAAUCUGGUCUUCCAUGUGCAAAAUAAACUGCUUUAAAAGCCAUAGCCUUACACAGAGAGGGUAAUAUCUGAUUGCAAUAUGAUAAUAAUAUUACACAGACAAAAUGCAUGUACUAAUAGAUACACAUACUCAUUCACAUCAGCAAUUUCCUCAAUUUACAUUAACAUUGUAACACUGUGUCUUGCACUGCUAAUCAUCGCUUUAGCUGUCAUACUUAAUUUUUGUGCGUUUUCAUGCAAGCUGUCUGUGAGAGUAUUUUACAGAGCAAGGUACUGUGACAACUUGCAGCGGGCAGUGGAAUUUACUUAUUUAAAGAAAAAAUGUAAUCUCAGGGUUCUUAAGAUUAAUGCAGAUGUUAUCUCCACAGGAUUGUUGUUUGUGUCCUGUAUUGCACCAGAAUGUGACAAAUGGUUCAAGUUCCCGUAGAACAAGGAUAGCCUGGUUCCCAGUCCCUAGCUCGUACCACAACCUCAACAGUGCUCAGUCAAAGUACUGCAAGCUGAUAGUCUAAGGCUGUAAAUAAUAAAGCCUGUAAAUAAUACUGUACUUAUCAGCUGUAAACCAUACUGUGUAUCAGCCUCCUGGCUUUCAUUGCUAAACUCUUAACCAGUCAUCUGAACGACUUUAACUACACCAGUGCUUUUAACUAGUCCUCUGUAAUAUCUUUUUUUUAUGCGUUUGUCAUAAAGGGGGUUCUCAGCGUUGUACAACAUUAAAAAACACUGCUACAGAAGGUCCAGGAAUAUAGUUUCAUAAGCAGUUUUGAAAGUCUGAUAUUAUGGCCUUCAGUUGGGUGAAAGUGGGGGCUGUUUAGAAGUUAAUGAGGAAUUUAGUUAAUUUAAUAGAAUAGUUAGGAAUUUAGGGUUGGUUUCACAGACGCUGGUUAACACCUGUCAUGGGGUGCCUAAAAUAAGAUCUGUGAACUUAUUGUGUUAGAGAGAUAAACCAUACCCUGGUUUACUAUUACAUCUUACUGAGAUGUAAGUUACUUAAAUGAAGGAUUUAUGGUGCCUUCAGAUAUAUUUUUGUUGUUGUUUAAACAAAAAAAUGUAAGUUGUUAAAUCCUCAUGUUACUGCAACUGUAGCUUGAAAGAAAAGGUCACAGAAGGAAAGGCUACUUUUAAUUUGCCAUAUAGGUCUUGAUUAUCACAAUUCAGUAAGGGGCUUUAUACUAUGGUAAUGUCAGUUAAAUAAAAUCAAAUGUAUCUUUAAUAAAUUGGAAUUGUGGGUGGCUUUUAUUAUAUUUUACAUUAUACUUAUAAAACACAUGCUUAAACUUGUCAAAUUAAUACAUGCAGUGCAAUAAAAUUGUACCAAUAGAUAUACCUGUGGUUUACUUGAGAUACUGAAUGCGUUACAGAGUUUUUAAAAUCAGUUCCAGUCCUUGCUUUGUUCAGUCUUCAUGUUUAUUUGCUUAAAAACUCUGC